CUAAAAGCUCGUUACCGAAUCAGGUAAGUAACACCAAGAAAUCUAGUCUAAGCGAGAUUAGAUGUGCUGAGUCAUCACAGUCUCUCGAAGAUGCGACAGUCGAGGAUGCGCCAUCAUCCUACAAGGCUACCACAACUGACGACGAUUGGAUGAAACCCAAGAAAACCAGGACUAAAGGUAGCAAACUUUCCGAGAAGCUAAAGAAAUUUGAACCAGCCAAAGAAGACGAAGACGAUGAUCUGAUUGAUGCGCUGGCUGCUCCGCCGCCAAAACCACGUGUUCCUGUCGCUCCAUCCUCCGAGGAAAGGUCGUCCAAAGAUCUACUUCCAGGAGCUUUCCCAGAUGAACAAGACGAGAACGAAAUUGUUGAAAUCGUUGAUAUGGCGCCGGUAGAGAAGAAAAAGAAGAGCAAGAAGAGCAAAUCCAAGACUAUAGAGAUACCCCCUCCACCGCCUGAGGUGCCCGUUCCCCCACCAGCUGCACCCGAAGAGGAGCCCGAAGAGCCCGAAGCCCCCCCCACGCCUCCCCCGGAAAAUAGGUCUUCUAGGAAAGAACGACCAAAAAUUAGUCGCGAUGCUGGCGCGUCUUGGGGGGUGUGGUCGGCGACACCUCGCAAGGAGGAGAAGAAGCCUAAACCGAGGUUUGAAGAGAAGAGACCUAGGAGGGAGAAAGAGAAGGACAAGUCAUCUUCCUCCAAGGGCUCCUCAUCCGACAGGGACAACAGGGCAGAAGAACGCCGAGAAAAGAAAUCUACGUCACUUUCCAAACAUCAGCGCACAAACAGCCUAUUUCAAAGCACCCCGCCGAUUUCUCGCUCUAUAUCGACCCGAGAGAAGCGUCCGCCCAUUAGCAAAUCAAGUUCACGUCGUCAUUCGGUUGAGAUGACAAGUGGUCUAGCGUCGCCUCCACCAGAAGACGUACCUGCAAUGUCCUCUAAAGCCGCGAAAAUCUUCGGUAUUGACAAGAGUCAAAAGACUCGCACGCGCAAGAGCUCCAACCCACACGCUCUAGACGAAGAAGAUAUUGUCAUGGUUGGAGCUGCCGAACCGCCUUCGAGCCCCGAAAAGCCGAUUCGUAGGCGAGCAAAGAUUAAAGUUGAGGAAGACGUUUUCAUGGCCGAUGGAUUCCCUGCCGAACCGACACCUCUCAAACGAUCGAAUUCGAGUGCUAAGAAAGGACUUGCCGGCCUUUUUGGUGGGCUUAAGACCCCACGCCCCGAACCACGUCCCGAAGCGCCACGUCGCCGUAGCACAUAUUAUACCACAGAUGACGAGGUCAGGCCUGAUAAGAGACCUAGGCGAUCUGUACGAGAGGCGCGGGAUUAUCGUGGUAUGGAAGCCGACCCGGUAGAUGAGGAGAGGGAGGCUCGUCGUGCAGCUCGCCGCCAAAGGAGAGCUGAAGAGAAGGCUGCGGAAGAGGCGCGCCUCGCAAAAGAGGAAGAGAGGCGUGAGAGGCGCAGGAGACAGGAAGACGAUGCCGAAGCACGCAGGCAAGCCGAGCGUGAGGCUCGACGAGCUGAACGUAGAGCCGCCCGAGAACGCGAAGCGGAGCGGCUUGCUGCCGAAGCUAAAGAGGUCGAGAGAGCCGAGAGACGUCGCCAACGCAGGCUUGAAAAAGAAGCUGCCGCUGCCGAGGAAGCGGAAGCUGAAGCUCGUCGCGCAGCCCGGGCCGAACGACGGCGGGCGCGGUACGCCGAGGCUUCCGAAGACGAGGAAGAGCGCAGGCGGAGGAGACACGAAGCCAGACGCUCCGAGGAAAAGGCUAGCCGCAGACGCACGAUGCCGGCUGACGAGUAUGUCUACCCCCCGGAAAGGACUUCGAGAUACGCAGUCGAUGAGCGUAGGCGAAGCAAACCUGCUGCUUGGCCGCACUCAGGUACGGAUUCUUGGGUGAAGGAACACUCUGAUGCUGGGCCACCCCCUGAGGAUGGUGGCCCUGUUAACGACCCACCUCCGAUGGAAGAUGAUGAAGAGGCCCGCCGGGCCGCUCGCCGAGCUGCUCGUCGCCGCGCGAAGUAUGGCGAUGUCGAGGCCGAGAUGGACGACGACCGAAGACGUCGUCGCGCACGCCGUGAGGAACGAGACCGCCGUGAAGAACGAGAUCGUCGCGAGGAGCGAGACCGCCGAGAUCGCCGUGUAGGUGGUUCGGAUGGUAGCGGUGGAGCUGGAGGGCCGCGUGAGACCGUCUUCACUGACUCAACUCCUCGAAGCAGCUGGUGGAAGAAGCUUACUGGUUCUUGAGGUUCAAAUUUUUGGAUAGCGGGGCAUGACCUCCUGAUUGGCCGGUGGAGUAAAAUAUCUCAGAUGUGUCUUUGCGGAAAUUUGUUGCUCGAAGGCAUUGCUCGGGCUUGUAUCAUUCUUGGAUUGGUCCUCGUGUUAUCUUCAUAUACAUUUGAGGAUACCAGCUCCCUAACAUUGGCUCUCGUUGCCCUUGUUCUUUUUUUCCUUUUUUUUUUCUCGGCCAAAAGGUUCGCUAGUUUUGAUUUAGGUCAUUGUAUUGUAUGGUGUAGGAUGUACAGCGUUUGAGUAUGCUACGUCUCAGUAUGUACGAGUGACGUGGCAAGGCUGAGCGGGAUGGGGAUUUCCUACCCCAGACGACACCCGACCCCACCCGAUUGGGUCACAUUUAUGAUUUUACAUAUCUAUCAUGUACGUUGGGAACGACAUAAAGCAGGAGUUUUUGGUUGAUAUGUGGUUUGAGCGAUACAAAAUCGAUAUACCCCUUAACUUAUAGCCUCGCGAUCUAUUGGGUAUGGAAUAAUUUAAGUCAGCAUAGCGUAGCAUAGCAUCACUCGUUAUAUAAGGAAUGAAGAAUAAUGAAAGAGUUGAAGACGUUUG